AUGACGCGCACGCUUCGGUCGAGUGCGCGGCUCGCGACCCUGCUGCCGCCGCCGCAGCACCGGCCGAAGCGCGGACGCGACGUUCUGACGCUGCUGCUCUCGUCGGAGGGCCACGAGCUCCUCGCAGACCUUCUGCUGCCGCAGCUCCUAACGCAUCCAGAGUCGCUCGGCUGUUUAAGGAUGGCAUGCAGGCGGCUCUGCGCCUUUGUCGCGGCGCAGGGCGCGCUCUGGGGGCGGCUCUGCAGUGGCCUCAAGCUCACAACUGUGGCCCGCUCCGCGCUCGCGGGCCUAUCGCCGCACCUGCGCUACGCGCGCAGCCGCAACGCGAGCUUCGAGGCGCGCUACCUGCUGCUCGAGGCUCGGAGGGAGGGAGUGCGGCCUCUCCGACGCGGCACGCACACCGACUUCCCAACCUUUUUCCACGUCGCCGAGCUGCGAGCCGGCCCGAGCCAUCGGAGCACGCGCGAAUGGUACGACCGUGUUCUGGCGGCGGUCGAAGCUGGGGCCGACGUGACGACCAGCGACAGGGACGCACAAAACUUGCUGCAUCUGGCCGCCACGUUUGGCGACGACGCGACGGCCCGGCUGCUGGUCGCGGCUGGGGCAGACGUCUUUGCGAGAGACCGGUUCGGCCGCGACUCUUUCUCCAAGGCGGGAGGACGCCAGGCGCUCCAGGACGGCUCUGCGGUCGCAGCCUUCCUGCACCGCGCUACCCUCGCCGCGAGCCUGCCGCGCGGGCCCGAGGACCAACUUGCGGGCUGA